AUGGCAUCCACGCGGCCCAGUCUCGAGUUAGCUGGCAGUCUUCCGUUGAACGGGGACAAGACUCUCGAUGUACAGGCUGCGGAACGACUACUCAAUGCGCAGCCACGACCCUCGCCGACCAGGGAAGGAGAGGAACAGGCUUUAGAGUCUCAUGAAGUUAUAGAACUACAGGCGUUUAUUGAUAGGAAGGAGUGGAUAGAGGAGAAGAUAAAGAUUAUGGAGAAAAUGCCUCCUAUUGAAGUGUUUGCGGGUUUAGAUGCUGUUCGGUCCUCAGCUAUUGAAGUACCUGGCCUACCUUCUCGAGAGGAACUGAAGCAGUGGUUAAUCGACCACGACGCCAUUGAGAAAGAGACGGAAGUCUUUGACUCUGGUGAGAUGAAGAAGCUCAAGAAAUUCACGAAGGCUGCGGCGCAACGAAACCUAUCUCCCGAAGACACGGACCUCAUCGAAAUCACCCUCACGACUAUAUUUGACCUUGACCGACUACUGCACCUCCUACGUGAUCGGUCAGAGCACCUAGACCUACUCGAAAUUAGGAUAACCUGGGAAGAAUGCCGCGCCGCAGCUUGGUCCGAGAAGCAAAGCAUCCUACAAAGUGUACAGACGUUCCUCGAUACCCGUGCAAAGUGGUCGCCGUCGGUCUACGAGACACUGAACGCUUCUGAGGACCAGUCUUUCCACCCGAUCAUACGGCGAGGCUCUGUUGCGUCCAUCUCUUCAGCUGCUUCCGUGUCCUCCGAGAGCUCCGUCAACUCCGUCGGGUUUUCGCGAGGGGCGAGGUUCAAGCUAUCGGAGCAACUCGCGAGAGAGGCGUCACAUUUCAAUGCCAGAAUAUCGGCCCUCAGGCAUGGGAAGAUUGCGGCUGCAGGCAAGGCUCUCGACAAGCUUAUCGACUCGAGCCGGCGCCCGGUCCCAGAUGAGCUCCUGGACGAACAAGAUCGAUUAGAGGAGAAGGCCCUCAACGAUUUGGAACAAGUGGGAAAGUUCGCUUUGAAUGUUGUAGCGCAGUGGAGAAAGGCUGAUGAGUUGUAUGUUGAAACCAUGAAGGACAAGGCGUCAGCUCAGACGCUGAUCGAAGAAGUGGAGACAGCAAAACUUCACCUUCCAAACGCCGCGCAGAGCCUGUCCUUCGAGACUCGGAUUGACAAACUUAAGAGGCGCAUUGCUUUACGCGACGCCCCUGAUUCUUCGAAGAGCACCUUCCCGUGUCCAGUCAAUCCAUUAUUCUCCGGGCAAAAGGCCUACAACGAAUUUCUUGUUCAGACGAUUUCUCAGGACGUUCACUCUGUCUCAGAACUGGUUCGAUCCGCGAACUCGCUCGUACAGGAAUACAGCACAAAGGCUCAAGUUGUUGGCCAAGCGGAAGCUCUGGUGAAAGCGUCCGAGGACUGUCGCACGUCUUUAGCUACGAUCAUUAAUCAACUACAACACGGCAUACCAGCAAGCGGCGACGAUGGCACCUUCCCUUCUCUCUCCUCCAAGGCUUCUCUACAACCAGCUAGUCAUUCGGCGUUCCUGGCGCUUCUACCUUCUCUCCUAGAACAAUUAGACCAAGGGUUGGGACGAACAAGUCGUAUACUAGAUGAUUGGUCGAUAUUGUCUAUACAACUGGAUCAACACGGUAUCCAUAGUGGGUUCAAGACCACCGUAGCCGAUCGCCUGCAGGAGCUCUCCGACCUUCGAGAACGAGGCCGAACAGCAGGUACGAAAGCGGAUGAAACAACGCGACAACUACGGCAAGUGCGGCAGGUUUGCUCGACUAUGGCCUCGCUGUCGAACAACUUGGAAGCCUUACAACAUCAGGUCAUCCAAGACAUCGAGGAGCACAAAUGGCGUAGAUUAAAUGUUCACGAAGCGCCCAUCACACCACCAACACCAACGAAUGCUUCGCUGACUCCAACGUCACCCUCAAAUUUCGCUGACCAGGUGCAAAACGCUCGUGAGCGACAUGCCGAUGAGGUCGAAGUCCCAUUGAGGUCCCUGUCCUCGUAUCUGGCUGGGUCCUUAUCCGAGCAUGUCAACAGCGAAGUACAGCGCAUACAGAGACUCCUCAACAACUCUUCACAGCUUAUUGCUCUAUCAGAGAACGUGGAGUUUCAAGCAACAGCGAUGCGCUCUAUAUGUGACGAGGCAGACUCUAUAUUACUUCAGAUUGAAGAACUUUCUGCUCAACAAACCGCCCGCAUCCUUCAUAUUCUAGAGGAGACUCCUUCGCAAGAAACUACUUCCGACGACGAACUGGAGAAAAUCAUUAGUCUCUUGGAAGGCCGUCUUAGGUCCUUCAAAGAGAGCUUGGUCGCUAGAGUUCCUUUUGUGUCUCAACAGAGUUGUGCAGACGCGUCAGCAUUCGAUUCGAGUGCUCUCGACGCUGUCGUCAGAGCCGAUUGCAACUCGUACACUAUGCGAUUGAGCGGCAGCAUGGAGUCCCUCCGACAGAAGAGUAUACAGGUCGACCUUGCGCGUAUGGCGAGGAAUGUAGACGCUGCGCUUGCUGCGAUUUCCGACGACAUCAAUACCCUCACCCAGGAGCUUUCACGCUUGAAAGGCUCGCUUCCCCCUAAUCCUCCCGAUGGCAACACCAUGGCGUCUCUACAAGAUCUCAUCCAUCAGAUAGACGCCAUAUCUCAAGACAGACCUUCUUCAAUAUUCCGGUCCUUCUCUCCCAUACAAGAACUUCUCCGUCAGAUCGACUCUACACCCGCGAUUCGAGAUCCCAUUGUUUACCAGAAGAUCUACUUAUCUCGACGCAGAGCGGUUGAUGACGCGGAGUUGCGCUUCACGUCGUGGAGAGAAGGUGCUGAAACCUUCCGUCAGACCCUUUUGCGCACUCAAGCAGUCGAGGCCAAGAGGCUUGACUUGGAACGUCUUGAGGAGGAGAGGAAGGAAAAGGAGCGUCUUGAGCAGUUAAGACUCGCCGAAGACAGCCGCUUGCAAGCGGAGAGGGAGAAGGCUUCAAACGAAGCUGCAGAGAAGGAGAGACAGCGUCGGGAAAAGCAGGAAGAAGAGGAACGAUUGCAGCUGGCGGAGGCGCGGCGUGUCUUGCAACGAGAACGCGAACGGUUCGCUGCUGAUUCUGUAAAGAACCACCUCUUGGAGCAGCAACAUCUCGCCACAAUUGAACGACUUCAAAUAGAGGAAGCUCGUCUCCGAGAUGAACAUGCUCGACAAGUGGCAGAAGGACGACUUGCGGUUGAACAGGUUGAACAACAUCGGCUGGAGCAUGAACGGAAGGUCUCGGACCAGAUCAGAAAGAUCGAGGCAGAGCUGCAGGCUGAAGAAGGCCGCCUACGCUCUGAAAAAGCUAGGAUUGCGGAAGAAAUGGCCCAACUCCAACAAGAAAAAGGGAAAGCGCCUCAGAGAUCCUCACCUCAAGACGACCACUCAGAUGAUGUGUUUGGCCCAAGCGCCAUCAGUCAAAGGCCGAGUGCUGAAGAUAGCAUUCUUCAGCUCAAGAUCAGCAAUUUGAGGAAACGAUUACGCUCUCUUAGUAUAGGCAAGAUCGCGUUCCCUAGUUCUGAUACUGCCGCACUUCCCUCUUCGGACCUAAUCAAGAAGUUAAACAAAGACUUCUCCUCGAUUUGCCAGGAGGCCGAGCAAUUACCCGACUCCGUCGAUAACCCUUCUGUCAACCUGGACCUUAUUUCUCUGAAGGCAGAUAUCGUCGCGACUACCGAACUCAUGCAGAAGGUGCAGCACCUCAACUCUUUGGUGUCCAUCAUCCAGAAGUGCGAUACGACCUUGAGUGAUCUGCUGGAACAUAUCGACAGUUAUCCCGCCCCGCCGCUGGGCAUUCUGGCCUCAGAUUACCGACCGCCAAUGGAUAUACCACCCGAAGCUCAGCUCAACGCUCGUCUUUCUUUCACUCGCACCGUCGUUGGUAGCCUUGAUGACGCCAUACAAAGCGUCGGACGCGAUCCUCGUGCUUCGGCUGAGCAGCAGCGGGUGAUGCAAACGUGGAACGAACUCGAGGAAAUGGCUAAGGACCGCCUGCAAGGGCGCAAAUCUCGACCUCCAAGUGUCACCAGUGUGACGCAAGGAAGCUCUGGCCGCGAUAGCCGAUCCUCUGCUAGUACCCUCGCACAAUCAAAACCUUCACGGAAACCUGGUAGCUAUGCCGGUUUAUCAGCUGGGGCUGGUCCUUCAAAAGGAAGAUUCCUCAGCCCCGCUUUGCCGUCAACCAGACGUGCCGUUUCAGGCGGCUCUUCUGACUCUAUCAGUCGUUCGUCGAGUCGUCUGUCAUCUGUGUCAACCAAUCGUUCAGUAUCAGGGACCCACAGCUCGUUAUAUGCGCCUACGUUUGCCUCUCGCCAACGGACUAAUAGCCUUUCAACAUCCACCACGACGCCUACCAACCGAUCCACAGGGAUCACUCAACGGGUUCGAGCGCAAACUGGUCAAACUAGUCGCACCGCUUCGCCCGUUAUCUCUGAAUUAUCACAAUCUGUGCGAACCUCUCGAAGUGGAAUAGGGACAUGGUCGCGGGCUCCAAGACUUUCGUUAUCCAAGACGCCCACUCCUCAACCUAAGAAACCUAUACCCGGACCAAAGAAAGCUUACAUUCCGGAUCCAAAGAGCAAGCUCGAUGUUGCAAUCGGCGAUGUUGUUAACAACCUCCCCGUGAACAUCAGCAUCGAGGGUGUUGCAGAGACCUGGAAGGAUCAGAGCGGGAAGUAUUGGAUUGGAGACCAAGAUCCCAAGCUCUGUUUCUGCAGGAUUCUUCGUUCGCACACGGUGAUGGUUCGUGUAGGGGGAGGAUGGGCGGAAUUGUCGAAGUUCAUUAGAGAUCACUGUGCGGAAAGCUUCCGGCUCAUGCCCGAGUCUCCUCCCCGGCCAGGUGCAGGAGAAGAGAAAUGGAUAAACUCAGCAUCGUUACUCGAAGCCGCAGAGGUCACCUCCCCCCCGUUGCCUCCUCGUACCCCAGAACCCAGGUUCCCUUUCGUCCCAACAUUCGCUCUUUCAACUCCAACCAGCAAGAGCCCGCAGUCGGUCAAGUCAUCGCCUUCAGCUAAAGGUUCACCAUUGACUCCACUACAAUUCAUUCGUCGGGCCGAACCCGAUGCACCACUGUUGAGGCCAAUGACCCCAUCAAAAUUAUCAUCACUAUCAUCGAGCCGCGCAAAACGAUCUAUGCCCCCGACGCCCGCCCGUCACGCCGUCUGGAGACCUUAA